UGUACCCAGCGCUGCCGUCAGCCAUCUUGGUCAACACCCACCCAGUGCAUUCACUGCGGUGCGCAGGCAGUCCAAUCACAGAGAACCGGUGCUAAGCUGACCGGAGGAGGGCUGUGAUUUUUCAGCACGGUGCUCUCUGUUGCAUUUUAAAUCCCCAGUCGGCACAAAAGGGGAUAACAAGAGGCUGAAGAGGAGGAGGCGGUGGAGGUAGAAGGCACAGACAGCAGCCUGUUUCACUCAGUUGUAGCAAGGAGGAGAGGAGGAUGCAUGCAUAAAGAGGAGGAGCACCCUUUCUAACACCUGCUGAAGGGCCUUUCCCGUCUUGUCCUCUUUGUUUCUUCCUCUGAUUCUCUUUUCAUCUUUCAUCCUCUUGUUUUUCUGGCCUUCUCUGGCUGUUGGAACGCAAAGCUCCUGCAUCUUUUGUACCUCCCCCCCUCCCUUUUCCCCUUCGGUGGUGUUGGUUUUGCCUCGCACGAGCUGAGUCAUCAUGUCUGAUCUGACGCCUCAGAGCGAAACCCCGACUCCCACCACAGACAAGAUCACCCAGGCUGCCAGGGAGACCAUUUAUCUGUGCAACUUUCGCGUCUCUGUCGAUGGCGAGUGGCUGUGCCUCCGCGAGCUCAACGACAUCUCGCUCACGCCAGACCCCGAGCCGGUCCAUGAAGAUCCCAAGGAUCCCAUCGCAAUCGAGAGGCUUAACUUGAUGAACAUGGCCAAACUGAGCAUCAAGGGCCUGAUCGAGUCUGCGCUCAACCUGGGACGCACGCUUGACUCUGACUAUGCACCUCUGCAGCAGUUCUUUGUGGUGAUGGAGCACUGUCUGAAACACGGGCUGAAAAGUAAAAACUGCAUUCGUGUUGUGUUUUAUAACUCUUUACAGUUUUUGACA